AUGUGGAAGCGCAAAUUCUCCGCAGCCGGCGGAGAUGCUUCCGCCGAAUCUUCCGCCUCGCGCGGCCGUGGUGCGGGCGGGAGCGGAAGCGGAAGCAGCGGAUUCGGCUUCGUGCGCUCGGGGGGAAGCGCGUACACGCCGCCCGUAAAUCCAGCCGGCUCGUACGGCGGCUUCGGCGGCGGAGGAAGCUACGCCGGCUACCGCGGCGGCUCGGUUCGGCGGUCGCUGCCGGACGACGAGGACGACGAUAUAGCGGAUAUCGAAUACCGCGAUGACGGGGAUGGGGGCGCCACGACGGCUACUGGUUUCGGGGAAGGAGAAGACGACGAGGGAAACCGGCGUGCGGCGGCGGCGGAAGAGGAGGAGGAGGAUCCGCUCGACGCGUUCAUGUCGGGCAUCGAGCAGAAGGUGAAGGAGGACGCGGUCGCCGCCACUUCGCGCGCGGCGGCGGCGGCGGCGGGCGCGAAGGGCGGAGAAUUGGGGGAAGCCGCAAAGCCGGAGCGGGAGGACUGGCGCGCGGAGGAGGAGGAGGCGGAUCUGCUCGACUCGUUCCUGCGCGCGCGCAAGAGCGCGGGGCUGUCGGUGGCGGCGGAGGCGGUGAUGGGGCGCGGGUACGACUCGGACGAGGAGGUCUACGCCGCCGCGAAAGCCGUCGACGCCGCUGCCGCCGCCGCGGCCGCCUCCGGCGCUGCGGGCGGCGCGGCUGGGUCCGCGUUAGAGUACGACUCGGACGAUAACCCGAUAGUGGCCGACUCGGUAACGUCGUUAAAGAGCAAGAUGGACGCGCUAGGCCACGUAGACCACUCCGCGAUCGAGUACGACGAGUUCGAGAAGGAUUUCUACCAGGAGCAUCGUGACGUCACCGCCAUGUCAGCAGCCGACGUGGCGGCGCGGCUCGCGGCGCUCUCGAUCCGCACGUCGGGCUUCGACGUGCCGCGCCCGAUCAGCGCGUUCGCGCACGCCGCGCUCCCCCCCGCGCUGAUGGGCGCAGUGCGCAAGCACGGCUACUCCGCGCCGACCCCCAUCCAGUCCGCCGCGCUCCCCGUCAUCCUCUGCGGCCGUGACGUCAUCGGCGUCGCGAAAACCGGCUCCGGAAAAACCGCCGCGUUCGUCCUCCCGCUGAUCGUCCACGCGGCGGACCAGCCGCGCGCGGGGCGCGGGGAGGGCCCGAUCGCGCUGAUAUGCGCGCCGACGCGCGAGCUGGCCGCGCAGAUCCACGCGGAGGCGCGGCGCUUCGCGAAACCCCUAAACCUCCGCGUGGCGGGCGUGUUCGGCGGGAUGUCGAAAUUCGACCAGUUCAAGGAGCUCAAAGGGGGCGUGGAAGUGGUGGUGGCGACGCCCGGGCGGCUGAUCGACAUGCUCAAGAUGAAUGCGCUGUCGCUGCGACGCUGCACGUUCCUGGUGCUAGAUGAGGCUGAUAUGAUGUUCCACCUGGGCUUCGAACCGCAGGUGCGGGCCAUCGUGGGGCAGAUCCGCCCUGACAGGCAAACCCUCCUCUUCUCCGCCACCAUGCCGCGCCGCAUCGAGCGCCUCGCGCGGGACAUCCUUACGCACCCCGUGCGCAUCGCCGUGGGGGAGGUGGGCGCAGCCAACACGGACGUGCGGCAGCAGGUGGUGGUGCUGGCAGGGGACGACGGGAAGGUCCCGUGGCUGCUGGGGGAGCUGGGCACGCGCGUGGACGAGGGCGACGUGCUCGUGUUCGCCGGGACGAAAGCCAAGGUGGAUGUGGUAACCGCCGCCGUCGCAGCCGCGGGGUUUAAAGUCGGUGCGCUGCACGGGGAUUUGGACCAAUCGCGGCGCAGCGAGGUGGUGCGGCAGCUGAAGAAAGGGGAGCUGCACGUGGUGGUGGCCACGGAUGUAGCGGCGAGAGGGCUGGACAUCCGGUCCAUUAAAACAGUGAUCAAUCUGGACAGUGCGAGGGACAUGGACGCGCACGUGCAUAGAGUGGGAAGGACGGGCAGGGCGGGGGAUACGGAUGGAGUGGCGAUUUCGGUGGUGACGGGGAAGGAGGCGCGGUUUGCGGGCGAGCUGGUGGGGUGCCUCGUGGCGGGCGGGCAGGAGGUGCCUCCUGAACUGCUCGAGCUGGCGAUGAAGGUGAGGGCGGGGAAUACGGAUGGAGUGGCGAUCUCGGUGGUGACGGGCAAGGAGGCAAGGUUUGCGGGCGAGCUGGUGGGGUGUCUGGUGGCGGGCGGGCAGGAGGUGCCUCUUGAGCUGCCGGAACUGGCAGUGAAGGAUGCUCGGUUCAGAGCGCAGAGGGAGGGCAGAGGAGGGACGCCCACUGAUCAUGCUGCUUCUGCUGCUGCUGGCGGUGGUAGUGGUGCUACUGGUGGCAGCAGUGGGGGCAGCAGGGUGGGCACGCGAGCAGGGGCAGUGGAUGGACUGCGGGUGGGCAUGAUGGCCAAGUUCAAGUCCUCCUUUGUUGCUGCCUCAGCUCCCCACCCCCACGACCCUGUCCCCGACCUCCCUCUCCCCCCCCCUCCUCCCCCACCUGCUCCUGCCGCGUCUCUGCCCGCUCCUCCACCUCCUUCUGCUGCUGCCCUUGUAGCACCACAAGCAGCAGUCGCAGCGCCAGCUUGGGGGCCGACCGGCGGUGGUGGUGUUGCUGCUGCUGCUGGCGGCAGCAGCAUGGGGGCAGACGUGGUGGCGGCUGCGAUUGCAGCGGCUGCAGCCAAGGCUGCUGCCAUUGCUGCCAGCCUGGGCCUGCAGGCUCCUGGGGGAGUGGGUGGGGCAGCAGGCCUGGGAGGGGAAGGAGCGGGAGGGAUGGCAAUGGGAGGAGGGGCGACGGGGGCAGUUGCAGGCUUGGGUGCUGCAGGAGGAGUUGAUGGUGUUGGGGAGGUGGGGGAUCGAGGAGGUGGGGAGAUGGGGAGAUGGGGAGGUGAGGAGAUGGGGAGAUGGGGAGAUGGGGAGGUGGGGAGAUGGGGAGAUGGGGAGAUGGGGAGAUGGGGAGAUGAGGAGAUGGAGAGGUGGGGAGAUGGGGAGAUGGAGAGAUGGGGAGGUGGGGAGAUGGGGAGAUGGGGAGAUGGGGAGGUGGGGAGAUGGGGAGAUGGGGAGGUGGGGAGAUGGGGAGAUGGGGAGGUGGGGAGAUGGGGAGAUGGGGAGAUGGGGAGGUGGGGAGAUGGGGAGGUGGGGAGAUGGGGAGGUGGGGAGAUGGGGAGGUGGGGAGAUGGGGGAAUGGGAUCACUGGAGCGUGGUGAGGGCUGUGCCGCAUGGUGGAGAAGGGUGUGA